AUGAGGAGGAUACACCUGAAAGCAUCUCAGGAUCGCCCCUACGCCCAUUUAACUCCGCCGCAGACUAGUCGUGCACCCCUGAUAGACAAGCGGAAAGGCAUCUCAAAACUAGCGCAGUCUCCGCCAUUAGAGUUCGUUGAGCCCGUUGGACAAGAGCAUCAAUUCCGCUUCACCGGCCCUAGAACUCCGUCUUUGGGGCCAAGGAGUUCCUCCGAGAAAAGUGAGGAAAGUGAGGAAGAGACGGAUUUAGAAGCAGGGGAGGAUGAGAAGGACGAAAGUGCAUCGGACUCGGCCAAGCACAGGCAGCCCCUACGCCGAGUCGUCGCGCAUGCCCAAUUUGUACUCGAGGAACUGGACAGUGACGAAACUUAUGAUAGUGACGUAGAAGUGCUGCGACCUAGUCAUGUCGAAGAUGGAGAAAGUGAAACAGGCGAUGCAAGCACCGAAGAGAAAAUCACUAAGUUCCAGGACCCAGAGUGUCGAGACGAGUCGUCGGAUGAAAAUGAAUGGCAAAGAUUGUACAAAAGGGAAACGAAACGACGGAGCGCAGGCAUAGUCAAGCGCACCCACAGCCACUCGAUUGAGGGAGACAGCAGCUAUUCAGAUAACGACCCGCUAGACGACCUUGACUGGACGGCUCGGCGCCUUCGACGCCGCGUACGGGGGUCCGGCGGCCCGUCCUCUCUCGUUUUCGAAGAC